AUGGGAAUUCAAAAAGUCAUCGUUGUGGGAGCAGGACCAUCGGGUCUCAUCCUAGGUCUCUUACUCUCCAAACAAGGAAUCCAAGUCGAGCUGCUUGAUGCCGGCGCUGAACUCGACAAACAGCCUCGCGCAGCCCACUAUGCAUCCCCUGCCGCAUACGAGCUGUCGCGAGCCGGCGUCCUAGAAGAUGUCAAGGCACGCGGACUCCUGCCCCAGAGCUUUGCAUGGAGAAAGCUCGAUACAACUUUCGUCGCCGGCCUAAAUCUUCAAGCGCUGCCUCCAGACUAUCCAUACAAAAUGGUUGUUCUUCCACUCGACCGACUGGGGAAGCUUCUUUACGAACACAUCCAACGCCAACCAACGGCGGAGGUCAAAUGGUCUCACAAAGUUGUUCGAAUUGGCCAGGGUCAAGAAAAGGCAUGGGUCGAGGUUGAGACCCCGUCUGGUCUGCAGAGAUCUGAGGCGGACUAUGUCAUAGGCUGUGAUGGUGCCAGCAGCACCGUGCGACAGGAGCUGUUCGGGCCUGAGUAUCCCGGCGAGACGCUGAAUGCGCAGAUUAUUGCUACAAAUGUGAGACCAAUGGCAUUAAAGGAUGACUCUUAUGCUUAUUUGUACUAUCAGGUGUAUUAUGAUUUUGACCGCUACGGAUACUGGGACAGCAAUUUCAUUAUCCACCCGAAGAACUGGUAUAUGGCGGCUCGCAUCACGACUGAUGGACUCUACCGUGUGUCAUAUGGAGACAUCCCAGGCCUUAGUCGCGAAGAAUAUCUUGCUCGCCAGCCACAGAGAUACGAAGAGAUCCUGCCCGGCAAUCCGAAGCCGGGUGAAUAUCGCAUCACGAAUAUCAGCCCCUACAGGCUGCAGCAACGAUGCGCACCCAGCUUCCGCGUCGGAAGAAUUCUGCUUGCGGCAGAUGCGGCCCAUCUUUGCAACCCAUUUGGCGGUUUGGGAUUGACAGGUGGCAUCGCGGACGUGGGAAGUCUCUUCGAUGCGCUGAUGGGAAUCCACAAGGACCUUGCCGACGACGCAAUCCUGGAUAAAUACAGCGAGGUACGCAAGCGCAUCUGGGCCGAGACGAUUGACCCAAUGUCCCGAGAGAACUUCCGGCGGCUGCAUGAUCAAGAUCCGGACAAGGCGCGGGAAAACGACGAGUUCUUCCAGCUUUGUGUGAAGUCAGAGACAGAUAGUGAGCUUGCCAAAGAUCUCGCUUUGGGACUCGAAGUGCUUCGCCACGAUAUGACACAGUAUUAUACCAAAAAGGAGGAAUUUAGACCGUAA